AUGUCUGCAGGCAAUGGCACCCCUCCCGGGUUAGCAGCGGGGGAGGAGGUCUGGGCGGGAUCGGGAGUAGAGGUGGAGGGCUCAGAGCUGCCCACCUUCUCAGCUGCAGCCAAGGUCCGAGUGGGAGUGACCAUUGUGCUGUUCAUUUCUUCAGCUGCAGGGAACCUGACCGUCCUUUGGUCAGUGACUCGGCCACAACCUGGCCAACUCCGCCCCUCCCCUGUACGACGACUCUUUGCCCACUUAGCAGCUGCUGACUUACUAGUCACUUUUGUGGUUAUGCCCCUAGAUGCCAUCUGGAAUAUCACUCUUCAGUGGCUGGCCGGGGACAUCGCAUGUCAGACACUCAUGUUCCUGAAACUAAUGGCCGUGUAUGCUGCAGCUUUCCUGCCUGUGGUCAUUGGACUUGACCGUCAGGCAGCCGUACUGCACCCGCUUGGACCCCGCUCAGCUGGAAGGAAACUUCUGGGGACUGCCUGGGGACUUAGUUUCCUGCUUGCCUUGACCCAGCUGUUCCUGUUCCACACCGUCCGCCAAGCUGGCCCAGUCCCCUUCACUCAGUGUGUCACCAAAGGCAGCUUCAAGGCUCGAUGGCAAGAGAUCACCUAUAACCUCUUCACCUUCUGCUGCCUCUUUCUGCUGCCACUGACUGCCAUGACCGUCUGCUAUAGCCACAUUGUCCUCAGGGUGUCUAGUCCCCGGACAAGGAAGGGGAACCAAGCCCCUGCCAGUGAAUUUGCCCUCCGUUGCUCCUUAGACAAUCGCUCCCGUGUUUGCCUGCGGGCCCUGGUUGGCCUUGUCUUGCUGACCUUUGUCCUCUGCUGGACACCUUAUUACCUGCUGGGCCUGCGGUACUGGUUCUCUCCCACCAUGCUAACUGAAGUUCCCCCCAGCCUCAGCCACAUCCUUUUCCUUUUUGGCCUCCUCAAUGCUCCUCUGGAUCCUCUCCUCUAUGGAGCCUUCACCCUUGACUGCCGAAGAAGGCACCAAGAACUUAGUAUAGACUCUUCCAGGGCAAAAGGUUCUGAGAGAAUGCCCUGACAGGAGACUCAAGCCCUUAGACAGCUGCAAGUACAAACAAACAUGGCAGCAGGAAGGACAGGAGAAACAAGAGAGACAUUCCUGUAA